AUGCGUGAGAAUCGAGACCUCGCAAGUCCUACGACGGAUUUGAUUGGAAGCCGCCACGGUCCUAGUGUAUCUGCCCUUAGUGGUCUUAGCAUUGCGAUCAAGACUACAUCGAAUCUAGAUAGGUAUCCCGCAAGGCAGCAUGCUCAAAGAGUGGCUCGUGCUCUCGAUGUCGACCAAGGUCUCAUAUAUCUGCCUGGUGAACAGACUGUCAACUGGCCCGACAGUGACCAACCUCGCACUUUCAGACAGCUUCGCUACUUUCUGUACCUGAGUGGAUGCCAAGAACCAGAUUGUUUCGUAACAUACGACAUCGCCUCAGACAAACUGAUCCUAUGGUUGGCACCAAUUGAUCCACGAAAGGUUGUCUGGACUGGCAGAGGAUCUACUAUUCAAGAAGCGCUUGAGAAGUACGAUAUCGACGAAGCCCGCUUUGCACCAUCGCUUGAACACUUUGUCAAGAAAUGGGCUUCCAACAAUGCAGGCUACAUCUAUCUUCUGCACCCUGAUACUGCUCUUGCCAAAGGCUAUCCGGGUAGAACCGACUCAGAGCACCUUCGACCUGCAAUAGAUGAAUGUCGGGUGGUCAAAGACUCACACGAGAUCUCUCUAGUGAGGAAGGCUAAUCAUAUCAGUACAUUGGCUCACGAGCAGGUUUUGCGAAAGCUGCGGUCCUUCAAGAACGAAGCACAGGUCGAAGCCGAAAUUCUGGACGUUUGUAUCGCCCAUGGCGCAAAGCACCAGGCUUACGAGAUCAUCGCUGGGUCUGGACCAAACGCUGCAAUCCUGCACUACAUUAAGAAUGAUGAGGACUUUGGGGAUCGACAGUUGAUGUGUUUGGAUGCUGGAGCAGAAUGGCAAGGGUAUGCAGCAGAUGUUACCCGAACGUUUCCCCUGUCUGGCAACUGGCCUUCCCAAGAGGCAAAACAGAUAUACGACUUGGUGCAGCGUAUGCAGACGAAGUGUAUGGAUAUGCUUGGUCCAGGUAAGCGAUUUGUGGAUGCCCAAUAUCUCGCGCAUCUUGUGGCUAUUGAAGGGUUGCUCGAGCUGGGCAUUCUCCAUAAUGGCUCCAAGAGAGAUAUUUAUGAGGCAGGCACGUCUGUUGCCUUCUUCCCACAUGGUCUAGGUCAUCAUAUGGGCUUGGAAGUGCAUGAUGUUUCGACAGUGCUUACAAAGAGCACUGCGACCGAGGCCGAUGACCAAGUGAUUUCUGAGAUCAAUCAACAUCUGCCGGAUGUAGAAAACAACACAGAGCUUAGGUCGCUAUCGACCAACAUUAUUCCUGCGGUUUGGAGCAGUGCUCUCAGCGAAACGAGCACACCUAGUUUGCGGCCCGGCAUGGUGAUCACCUGUGAGCCUGGAAUUUACUUCAACCGCGAAGCGCUCGAGACAGUCUUCCUUCCCUCGCCCGUACAUUCGAAAUAUAUCAACAAAUCGGUACUCGAGCGCUUCAUGGCAGUCGGCGGAGUUCGAAUUGAGGAUGACCUUUUGAUUACUGAGGAUGGAUGGGAGAACCUGACGACAGCGGCGAAAGGAGAGGCGGCGCUCAGGAUCAUUCGCGGCGAAGCCUAG